AUGGCGGUUUCUGGAAGAAAAGCAGUGGCACCAACCACAGGUUGGUUUGAUAGUGAUAAAAAUCAUUUUUGUGAUCCGUGUAAAACUGAUGGUCAAAGUGUAAAAGCACGAGGAUAUUGUGAAGAUUGCCAGGAAUAUUUAUGCAGCUCGUGCUUUUCUUCUCAUAGGAAAACAAAGGCGUCAAAACAUCAUAAAUUACACGAACGAUCCGACGCUACAAAUACAUCUGUAUUAGAUGAUAAAUGCCCAUUUCAUGACACCGAAAUUGUCAAGUUUUUCUGUCCUAGACACGAAGAACUUGGAUGUCAUGAUUGUAUGGUUCUCAAGCAUAGAACAUGUGAUCUUGAUUAUAUCCCUGACACGUGUAAAGGAAUAGCUGACAGUAAAGAGUACGAUGACACGUUGAAAAUGCUGGAGUUAAAGUUACAAGCAACAAAAAAUUUAGACGGAGAAAUUUCUGACAAAACAACGGAAGCAGAUGAUUGUUUAACUCAAGCGCUUAAAGAUAUUGACGUCUUUGAGUACCUAAUCAUCAAUCGUAUAAAAGAAAUGAAAACUAAAGCUGUUGAACAUGCAAAACAAAUGAAUGAAUCAAACAAAAGGACAUUAAAGACAGCGCAUGCAGAAUGCAGUAAAGUUUCCUCAGAAAUGAAACAACUUCAAGCCAGUCUAAGAGACAACAAAACUUUCGGGAAGGAAAGGGAAAUAUUCAUAGCUGUAAAGAAAGCUAAAUCUCUAGCCGAUGAUGAAAAGAACACUAAAGUUUUAACAGUACUACGGAAACUUAAAACAACAUGCACUUUCAAACGGAACGAAGAGAUAGAAACUGCAUUAUUUAAGAACACAUUAUUUGGGACAUUGGAGACGACUCGUUCUGUAAGCUCCUUACAGCAUUUAAGGGGCAUUAAAAUAAAAACUUUAUCAGAUGUAAAUAAAUGCUCCAUAGCAGGAUGCUCUUUUAUUCCACCAGAUAAAGUUUUACUUGCAGAUGAAUAUAACAACAAACUUAAACUGUUUGAUAUCAACAAUGACCGUUUGAUAAAAGAAAGACAGGAACCGGGAGGCCCACGUGGCGUUGGUCUAAUGUCUCAAGAUGAAGUAGCUGUUGUGAUGAAAGCUGUAUGUUGGGAGCCAGAAAGAGUUUGUUGGGAGCCAGAAAGUGUGUUAGUAUUAGAUCUUAAUGGAACAGUGCAGACAGAAAUUCCACUGAAAACAUCUACCAUUGACUUGACUGUUCCAGUUGGUAUUGCUGUAAGUGCAGACUCUCAAUAUGUAUAUGUAAGUUAUGUUGUUAAUAGUAGCAUUGUACGCCUCACAACCAAUGGAAAUGUAGCAAGUAUUUACAAAGACAAGAAUAUCCAAUCACUUUCUGGGAUAAUCAGUCUGGAGGAUGGAUCACUUCUUGUCUGUAGCUGUGACAACAAUACUGUAUACAGAAUUUCUGAAGAUUUCAAGACAGGAUUUAAUGUUCUCAAUGAUAUAGCAUCACCAAGAAGUAUAUGUAUAGAUUAUAACGGUGAUAAAAUGUACAUUGGUUGUGACAAUGACACAUUGAAAGUGUGUAAAGUGGUUUAUCAGAAAUAAGAAAGAAAUGAUGAUGAUGAUGAUGAUGAUGAUGAUGAUGAUGAUGGUGAUGGUGAUGAUGAUGAAGAUAACGUGAUGAUAACGUUGGUUAUAAGGAUAACGUGAUAGUUGAUGAUCUAACGCUAGUUAUACAAUUUUAACAUUUUUGUCAGAAAUAGAUGAAGAAAUGUUAAAUGUGAGGCUAUGAUAAUUAAAGCAAUAUUAGUGGGAAGAUAUAUUUUAUAUUCGGAAGUGGAGCGUCCCUCAGAGUGGGGGAAUGCAAUAAAUAUUACCAAGUCUAAAAAGAAAGGAAAAAGAAAAAUGUACAUAAUUUCACAUAAUAUGCACAUGUAUAUAAAAUAAACAUCUAUUUUAAUGGCA